AUGGAAAGUGUGAGUGUGUGGUGUGCACUGCUGCUCUGCUCUCUGUCAGGAGCUGAACUUGUGCACAAUGAGAUCAGUGCUCAAAGACAGUCCAGUCCUGAGAGUGUGAAGGCCUCAGAGCAGCCUCAGCCCUGUCCAUCAGACCUCCACGCUGUGCUGCGAGAGAUGAGCGCCGCGUUGGCCGAACAGAGAGUCAGGAUCCAGCAGCUGCAGGCUCACAACCAAGUUCAAGAAGCCAAACUGACAGAGCUCCAGAAGCAGACCAGUGAGCAGCUAAAGGAGCUCCAGAAGCAGACCAGUGAACAACUCAGAGGCCAGGCCACUGAGCUGAACAGUGUGAAGGCUCGCACCAACGAGACUGAAAACCAAGUGGCGUCACUUAAAAGAGAGAGAGAAGUUGGACAAGUGGCUUUCUCCGCCUCUUUAUUGGCCUCAGGACAUGGAACCCUCGGACCAUUUAACACUCAGACUAAUCUGGUGUUCAAAUAUGUGGUCUCAAACAUCGGGAAUGCCUACAACCCAAACACAGGAUUCUUCAUUGCACCGGUGCGAGGGGCCUAUCACUUUGAGUUCUACAUCGGGGCUAAUGGUUCUUCAUAUGCUUCUGCAGCAGGACUAACAAAGAAUGGAGAACAUAUUUUUAUUGCUUAUGAACAUCAGACAAAUGGUUUUGGAAAAUCAUCUAACGGAGCCACACUGCUGCUGGAGCCUGGAGAUGUUGUGUUUCUGCGUCUUUGGCAAAAUACAAGAAUCUUUGAUAAUGAAUAUCACCACAGCACUUUCAGUGGUCACCUGCUGUUCUCCAUGUGA